GUAAACAGUAAUCGUGUCUCGGAAUUCAAAUUGUUGAUGUCAGCAUAGAUGGACAGUGACCCGAACGUAGGGGAGAGUCGGAUACCAGUACCAAGGGCGGCUCGGCCCUCGUUCUUCCCGAAAUCAAGGUUGCUCCAGCCGACAUCGAUUCCGGGACACCGACGGUCUCUGGUGCUCUCGGAAUGUUUGCAGUUCGUUGAUGCCGACGACAAAUCCGCCACGCCCAAAAUCAAGUGUUCGACACGCGGAGUGUCCACACCGAUCGGAGAUCCGGGACGCAAGUCGUUCACGAUAUCACCCGCCUGGGAUAUCGAGAAGGAUGACGUGCAACAGUUGGUUCAUUUCACGGAGGAGAAGAGCAACUUUUUCAGCUUGCUCGAGACGUCUCAAAUGAAUAUGAUCGAGGACACUGCGGAGAGCUGUCUGCUGGACACGACGUCGGGCACCUACAACGACACCGUCGGUAACCAAGCCCCGCAUUAUUUGAUGUUGAAUAAACAGAAUUCGUUCGAGCACGACGAGAGCCUCGGUAUACUGACUCCCGACCAGAUGACCGACUUCACAGUCGCGUUGGAGUGCUCCAGGACACCAUCCUGCGAGAAUCUUACCGGUUCGGCCGCGUCGCGAUUGGCGUUGACGCGUGCAUCGGCCUCGACACCGUCGCCGGAAGAGCUACCGCUCGACCCAAAGCCCGUGGAGCCCGUCCGAGCGUCGGAUCCAAUCAGUUUCGUCACGUCGGUCACCAGCAUAACCAGCUUGGAGGCUGGCUACCAAGGUGACGGGGAGAACUCGAGGCCAGCGAGCCGCGGAGCCGAUCCACCGUCGUCUGUCGCUCCACCGCCGAAUCUUCCCGGUCCGUGCAGGCAGGAUCCGAUGACCGAUUCCGAUUUCUUCACGGAGAGCGACGCGGACGCGUACGAGGAGAUUGUGCGCGGCGACAGGAAGGCGCAGGUGAUCGACGGUACGCUGUUCUGCGCCCCCGGCGGUCGAAGAUGUCCGAGUUUCACUGGGGAGGAGAUGGACUCGAGUGGAAUCUAUUCGGAUCUCGAUAAGAGACAGGACGAAUUGCACGCGCCUGAGGAGGCGGUGGAGGAACGGGAGGAUCGCACUCCGGAUACCAUUGACACCGAGGUUUCUCAGAGGAGCCAGCCGUCGCCGGUGAAACCGGAAGUUACUCACGUUAUCUUGGAUUUCCUGCAGGUUUCCCCGAAUACCCUGGACACGUCCGCGGACUCCAGCGGGUCCAUGAACACCACCAAAGUCACCGUGAUCGAGGUGGAGCGAAAUAACGAUAAUCUGCGCGCGAAGGGACCGGGUAAACCGGACGUUCCGUUGAAAAAAUACAAAAUGCCGAAGAGGAACGUGGUAUCGAAGAUCAAGGCGAUGAUCGAGUCCGGUCCCAAGGAUGAAGGGGAGAAGGAGGCGCGACGAUCGCAGAGAUCGUUCAGGAAAGGUGGCGGCCGAUGGGACGCUGUAAUGAGUAAAAUCGAGGCGGGCAAGACCGAGCAGAGAACGAGGCCUCCGAGGAAAGAGGUGAAGUCUAGGGUUUUGCAGAGUCUUGGCCCGCCGCCUCCAACAGAAUCGAAGCAAAAAAAGGCGGGCGACGCGAACAAUAAUAAUAACAAGGAUAAGAGGAGGAUACGUGGUCGCCAAGAGGUGAAGUCGCCGACACAAGAAACUGCCAGGAGCUCCGUUCGUAGUUCCUUGAGCGAUCUCAGCACCGGGCCUAGCAAGGACGCGCCAAAGAGAUCGCCGACGUCGGUGAAUCCGCCGCGAAGACUGGUGGCGAACGGUCGCGGUAGCCAACCGAACAACAACCGUGUCAAUAGUUUCGACACGAAGAAGAACUGCGUAGAAAUUCCGACCAUCAAUCUCGAAAAGAGUCCGUCAGCGACGCGAAAGCCGACAAUAACCAGGAGAUUAACAACCACUGUCCCGACGAAGCAGCACGGUUCAACGACAUCGUCGAAAGAUCGUGAAACCAAGGAGAACACCAAUAACUAUGCGGUGAGCAGAGCAUCGUUGGAGACGCGGGACCAAGCCGCGCAAACGGACAUCCCCUAUGAGACGGCGACGGUGGCUGCGGCUCGCGUGAAGAGAACGGAACAGGUUGUGCAGGCUCUUUCCGUGACCGUGCAGUAUCUGGCCUAUGAGUUGGACGCGUUUUCCACCCCGCAGCUGAAGAAACAGUGCGGGAACAUGAAGAAGGAAUGGAUGACAGCCUGCACGGAGAUCGAGGCGCUGAGAUCUAGAAACCUCGGCAUUGAAGACCGACUCGAGGCGGAGGGGGAGAGCCAUCGAAGGGCCUUGGACGAUCUGCAAACACGACAUGCGGAGCAAAUCGCGGCUCUGGAGGCAGCACAACAGGAGCAAAGGCGUAAGUUCGAGUCAAGAAUGAAGGACACAUUGAUCGAGGCUGAAAAGGAGCAUCGAGCUGCGGUGAUGAAGUUACGGGCAGAACUGGAAGCGGAAUUUUACCGAAAGGAAACGGAACUGAAGAGGCGAUCGGUGGUGAAUGAUCAGGGCGCGGCGUUAAUCGCUGAAGUCGAGUCCCUUCGAUCCGUUCUCGAGAUCAGAAGCCAAGAGAACGCAGCGUUUAGAUCCGAACUGGAUAAUAUCAGACGCGAGAUCGAGGACAAAGACGCCUUACAGCAACGUGUCGACUCGCUGGAGGCCAGAUGCGAGGAUCUGAAGGCGCAGUUGCAAUGCAAGGAGAGCCUCGAGCGGCAGAUAUCGCACGACAACGAGGUGUUGCACGAGUCGAUCCAUCAGAUCUCGAAGCAGAAUAAACGUCUGGCGCAACGAAACGAGGAGCUGCAGUGGAGGCUCCGUCAAAAAAACGAGGUGGUGACCGUUCUUGCGAAUCUGACGCCUAGGCUUUCGCGAUCCCUCGGCCCGGAGAACGUCGAUCACACGCUCUCACCAGACAAGAACGGUCCUCAGUCGUCGUCGAUGGUGAAAUUUAUGGUCGAGAAGGGUGAUUCGGUCUCGUGGACCUUGGAGAUCGACGACGAAACGUCGAAGAACGGAUCGGACGGUGGAGUAUUAGCGACGCCGCCGAAGAUGAGCAGGCCAGAGACGGGACAGUCUGUGUCUAGGCAGGGAUCUUUAAGAUUGACGCCUAGACGAUCGUCAGUGGACAUGAGGGCGAGGUCGAAGAGCAUCUCCGUGACGGAUUCUGCGCGAGACGAUGAUUCCGGGUGGAUGCCCAGGUGCAACUCGACACCUGUUGCAAGACGAAGACCCAGGAGCGAUCCGUCUUCUUCGUCCUCGUCGACCUCCUCGACCGCGUCCCCGUCGUCCACCGCGGUCACGACGAAUUCCGCGGUGGCCGUAGCUGUAGCCGCCGCUGCAGCUGCUGCUGCGGCGGCUGCGGAGGACUGCGGCGGAACCGGUCAAAGGCCGCAGGAGGCUGGCGGCGAGGCGAUGAUCUCCGAGGAGACGUCAGCCACUAGCAGCGAGGACGAGUCGUCCACCAGCAGCGAUAUACCCCCGCUGCCGAUACAGUUCGCCUGGGGCAAACCGAUCAAGUAA